AUGCUGGUGCACACGUACUCUGCCAUGGAGCGCCCCGACGGGCUGGGCGCCGCGACCGGCGGGGCCCGCCUGUCGUCCCUGCCCCAGGCGGCCUACGGGCCGGCGCCGCCGCUCUGCCACACGCCCGCCGCCGCCGCCGCCGCCGACUUCCAGCCGCCCUACUUCCCGCCGCCCUACCCGCAGCCGCCUCUGCCCUACGGCCAGGCGCCCGACGCCGCGGCCGCCUUUCCUCACCUGGCCGGGGACCCGUACGGCGGCCUGGCGCCCCUGGCACAGCCACAGCCUCCGCAGGCGGCCUGGGCCGCGCCUCGCGCCGCCGCCCGCGCCCACGACGAGCCGCCCGGCCUGCUGGCGCCGCCCACCCGCGCCUUGGGCCUCGACCCGCGCCGCGACUACGCCGCCGCCGCCGCCGCCGCCGCCGCCGCCGUGCCGCGGCUCCUGCACGGCCUGGCCGACGGCGCGCACGGCCUGGCCGACGCGCCGCUCGGCCUCCCGGGGCUGGCGGCGCCGCCCGGCCUGGAGGACUUGCAGGUCAUGGAUGAGCCGGGAAUGAGCCUUCUCGACCAGUCCGUGAUCAAGAAAGUCCCCAUCCCCUCCAAAGCCAGCAGCCUCUCGGCCCUCUCAUUGGCCAAAGACAGCCUGGUUGGUGGCAUCACGAACCCCAGUGAGGUCUUCUGCUCGGUGCCAGGUCGGCUCUCACUGCUCAGCUCAACGUCCAAGUACAAGGUGACGGUGGGGGAGGUCCAGCGGCGACUCUCACCUCCCGAGUGCCUCAAUGCCUCCCUCCUAGGCGGUGUCCUUCGCAGGGCCAAGUCCAAGAAUGGGGGCCGCUGCCUGCGGGAACGGCUAGAGAAGAUUGGGCUCAAUUUGCCAGCCGGCCGUCGCAAGGCCGCCAACGUAACACUUCUGACUUCACUGGUGGAGGGAGAGGCCGUGCACCUGGCUCGAGACUUUGGCUACGUCUGUGAGACUGAGUUCCCGGCCAAGGCAGCUGCCGAGUACCUGUGCCGACAGCACGCUGACCCCGGGGAACUGCACAGCCGCAAGAGCAUGCUGCUGGCCGCCAAGCAGAUCUGCAAGGAGUUUGCAGAUUUGAUGGCUCAGGACCGCUCACCGCUGGGCAACAGCCGCCCAGCACUCAUCCUGGAGCCCGGAGUACAGAGCUGCCUGACACACUUUAGCCUAAUCACCCAUGGCUUUGGUGGGCCCGCCAUCUGUGCUGCCCUUACUGCCUUCCAGAACUACCUGCUGGAGUCACUCAAGGGGCUGGACAAGAUGUUCCUAAGUGGUGCGGGCAGUGGGCGUGGGGACACCAAGGCUUCAGAGAAGGAUGCCACGCACCGGAAAUAA